AGACACAGACACAGACACAGACAGACACAGACACAGACAGACACAGACAGACACAGACACAGACACAGACAGACACAGACACAGACACAGACAGACACAGACAGACACAGACACAGACACAGACAGACACAGACACAGACACAGACACAGACAGACACAGACACAGACACAGACAGACACAGACACAGACACAGACACAGACAGACACAGACACAGACACAGACAGACACAGACACAGACACAGACAGACACAGACACAGACAGACACAGACAGACACAGACACAGACACAGACAGACACAGACACAGACACAGACAGACACAGACACAGACACAGACAGACACAGACAGACACAGACACAGACACAGACACAGACAGACACAGACACAGACACAGACAGACACAGACAGACACAGACACAGACACAGACACAGACAGACACAGACACAGACACAGACAGACACAGACAGACACAGACACAGACACAGACACAGACACAGACAGACACAGACACAGACACAGACACAGACAGACACAGACACAGACACAGACAGACACAGACACAGACAGACACAGACACAGACACAGACAGACACAGACACAGACACAGACACAGACAGACACAGACACAGACACAGACACAGACAGACACAGACACAGACACAGACAGACACAGACACAGACACAGACACAGACAGACACAGACACAGACACAGACACAGACAGACACAGACACAGACACAGACACAGACAGACACAGACACAGACACAGACACAGACACAGACAGACACAGACACAGACACAGACACAGACAGACACAGACACAGACACAGACAGACACAGACACAGACACAGACACAGACACAGACACAGACACAGACAGACACAGACACAGACACAGACACAGAGACAGACACAGACACAGACACAGACACAGACACAGACACAGACACAGACACAGACACAGACACAGACACAGACACAGACACAGACACAGACACAGACACAGACACAGACACAGACACAGACACAGACACAGACACAGACACAGACACAGACACAGACAGACACAGACACAGACAGACACAGACACAGACAGACACAGACAGACACAGACAGACACAGACACAGACAGACACAGACAGACACAGACACAGACACAGACAGACACAGACACAGACACAGACAGACACAGACACAGACAGACACAGACAGACACAGACACAGACAGACACAGACAGACACAGACACAGACACAGACACAGACAGACACAGACACAGACACAGACACAGACAGACACAGACACAGACACAGACAGACACAGACAGACACAGACAGACACAGACACAGACACAGACAGACACAGACACAGACACAGACACAGACACAGACACAGACACAGACAGACACAGACACAGACACAGACACAGACAGACACAGACACAGACACAGACACAGACAGACACAGACACAGACACAGACAGACACAGACACAGACACAGACACAGACAGACACAGACACAGACACAGACAGACACAGACACAGACACAGACACAGACAGACACAGACACAGACACAGACAGACACAGACACAGACACAGACAGACACAGACACAGACACAGACAGACACAGACACAGACACAGACAGACACAGACACAGACACAGACAGACACAGACACAGACACAGACACAGACAGACACAGACACAGACACAGACAGACACAGACACAGACACAGACAGACACAGACACAGACACAGACACAGACAGACACAGACACAGACACAGACAGACACAGACACAGACACAGACAGACACAGACACAGACACAGACAGACACAGAAUCUGCUCGGACUCUCGAACGUUCCAGACGCGGCGGGAGUCGAGUGGUGUCGGGAGUUUCUUCACACGGCGCGCUGGCGGCAGGAAGCGCGGAGAAAGGCCGGCCGGCCACCUAGCCCUGCCCGCGUGGCCCGGCCUGCUCACGGCCUUUGAAUAUUUCUUGCUGCGCGGCGCGCGGCUGAGGAAUCCAGGCGGCGUUGCCACGGCGCGACCGGCGCGGCGCCCCGUGCCGUGCCGUGGGGGAGACCGGGCCGCCGCCCGCAGCCCGCAGCCCGCAGCCCAGACUCCACCUGACCGGGGGCUUCCGGCCGGCGCGGCGCCUGGGUCGGCUUAG